AUGAAUAAUUGGCAUCUUUUCAUCCUGCUGGCAAUAUUGACAAGGUGGGGGAGCAACCUCCAUUGGGGCUGCAUUGCUGAGAAUGAUCACGACAAAACGGAGAGCGCGGUAAGCUCAAGUGGGAUAUUAAAAAAUGUCGUGAAGCAUUCCCCCAAAGUGAGUUCCAAAGAAAUUACGGACAGCGAAAUACGGAUAGUCAAAAUGGCACACGAAGAGGAAAACAGAAGGAUGGAAAAAAUGGGAAAGUGUGCAAAAGAUUAUACAUUACCUUGCCCAAAAUUUUGGAAAAAAAAAAUUAUGAACAAGUCAGAAAAUAUUUGCAUAGCUAGCUCGUCAUACAACGGAUUUUGUAACCCUCGUCAAUCCUUUGAAAAUUUUACACAAAGUGAAAAAAUGAAAUUUGAAACGAGUUGCAAUGUAGAAUGGGGAUGCAAAAAUGUCGUAGCGGAUGCAUGCGAAAGUGGGAAAAGAAAUUACAACGAACCAUGUCCUGAGGGAUUCAUUUCCCAAAAUGAUAACACUUGCGUGGCUGACCUGACCGUGUAUGAUGGCCUCUGCAAUGGCGAAAAGAUUGACUUUACCCAUCUCACGAGUGAGGAGAAACAAAAUUGGAGUGUUGCCUGUGAAGCGUAUUGGCCUUGUUACGUGGAUUGCUCUCUAAACAACAAAGCACUCUCCGUGUGUCCUUCCAAAUGGAAGCAAAUAAAUUCACACGAGUGUAUUCCACCUCCUAGUUACAACGGGCCAUGCAAAGACACAAAAAAUUUUAAAUUUUUCAAUGAACUGAUGAAAACCAAAUUUGAGGAAAAAUGCAAAGUUACUUUUGCGUGCACAGAUUUGUGUGAAAAAAAUUAUCAGCAGGAGUGCCCCUUACAUUGGAUGAAGAAAAAUGGCUACUGUUUAGCUCCUCCGUCUUUCAACAUGUGCGACAGGAAAGCAUACUCCUAUAGUAACCAAACGCAGGAUGAGAAGAAGCAGUUCGAGGAGGACUGCUCAGUUCAGUGGCCCUGUCGAAAGAGCCCCUUUUGUGACAUGGAUUGGACCGCUGAGUGUCCCCUCAACUGGGUGAAGGAGGCACCCCGGCAAGGCGCUGACCAGCAAAGCGGCAACCAGGAGGGGGGCGACAAAUACAUCUGCACUGCUGAUCCAUCCCUGUACAGCGGGAAGUGUGCGUUUAUUUCCCUCCCGAAUGGAGCUGAUGAAGAGACCAAGCGGGAGUUGGCUUCCAC